CUUGGCUUGAAUUGUCCGGGACUGUCAGGGCCGGGACGCGUCCUCCGCCCGUAGCGGCCAUGAGCACCCCAGCAGUGCCCCGGGAGCUACAGCUGCCUCCGAGCCAGAGGGCCCAGCCCGAGUUCAGAGAACAAAGAAGACAGAAACUCAAGGAACAUAUGUUAAAAAGAAAAACAUUUUUUGCAUGCAAAGAGGAAAAUCACAUAUCCAGUAGAGACCAGAAAGUGAUAACCUCUAAGGGCCAGGUUCAUGAAGAGACAAAAGUUCCGAAAUUUAAGACAAAAAUGGCUGGUAAAGAAAAUGUCCGUAGACCUCCUGGGAACAAAAAUAAUAUAACAAUGGGAAAAAAUUGUAUUCCUUUAAGGCCUUCUAAUGAAUUAACCAACUCAACUAUAGUAAUUGAUACACCUAAUUUUGAGGAUAGUAAUCAAACUGGGCAAUUGGUACCAAUUAAAGAUGGCCCUCCAGGCCAACAUAUGACAUUAAGCCAAGUGUUUCAUCUUAAAAACAACAAUAAUAAAAAGAAACAAAUAACAAUAGAAAAGCCAAAGCAAGAUGCUAUCAUGUCCAAGAAGCUUGUGCUUGGAUCUUACCGUGGUCAAAUUGUUCAGUCUAAGAUUAACUCAUUUAGAAAGCCUCCACAAGUCGGAGAGGAGAGUUCUGCAGCAACAAAGAAACUUCCGGCUGCAGUCCCUAAAGCCACAGAGCCUCCGCGCACCAACAGCAGCACUAUGACAGUCAAAAGCGAUAGAGCCUCUGGCGUGAUGACUACCACAAAACUUGUGAGCACUACAUCUCAGAACAGACAGCUUCUGCGACCUCCUAUUAGAAGUCACCGCGACAAUGCUCAGGACGCCAUGAGACAAGGCAUCGCUAGAAGCUCUGCCAAUGUUACCAUUCGGAAAGGGCCUCGUGAGAAAGAAUUAGUACAGUUUAACGCGGUUUCGUCUAGUGCCAAAACCAGUGCUCAGGAUGGAGAAAGAAAGAAGACACUAACAAGAAGCGUGAAGUCUGAAAUCAUAGCCAGGCCUGUUUCGUCUUCUAACAGCAAACUGAUAGAAAAGUCGAAAAAUGUGGACUCUGGCAGGCAUUCAAUAGCAAAAGCAACUAUUGAUAGAUCAGCUCAGCCCAAAGAAACAGCAGAAGAAAGAAAAGCUCGUCUGAGUGAGUGGAAGGCUGGCAAAAGCAAAGUGCUGAAAAGGCCGCCUAGCUCAGUAGAGACCCAGCCUGAGCCUGAAGGGCCACAGGAAAACCCAGUUGGGUCCUUUUGGACUGCCCUGGUAGAAGAAGAUGAACAGAGAUUGUUUACUGAAAAAGUAAACAAGACAUUUUCUGAAUGCCUAAACCUGAUUAAUGAGGGAUGUCCAAAAGAAGAAAUAUUGGUCAUAGUGAAUGACCUGAUUAACAAAAUUCCAGAUGCCAAAAAACUUGUUAAAUAUUGGAUAUGCCUUGCACGUAUUGAACCUCUCACAAGUCCUAUUGAAAAUAUUAUCACACUCUAUGAGAAAGCCAUUCUGGCAGGUGCUCAGCCUAUUGAAGAGAUGAGACAUGCCAUUGCGGAUAUUCUGACAAUGAAGAGUCAAGAAAAAGUUAAACAUGGAGAAAAUACUGAGGAGGCUUGUGCAGCCGAGGAAUAUACCCACGAAGUCAGCACUGGAGAUAGACCGGUCAAUCUGGAGUCAGGAAAACCAGAAAUGGAAAAGAAAACUAGAAAUGUGGUAUUUCAAGAUGAUGAAAAAGAGCAAGAUGACAAACCAAAAGAUUCAACCAAUGAUGUUAAAACGCCUGGUACAGAAACCAGGGGGAGUUGCCUAAUUAAAUAUAAUGUGUCUACUACCCCGCACCUACAAAGUGUAAAAAAGAAGAUGCAGUUCAACAAGACAGAGUCUGCAUUUAAAGAGCUGAAGUUUCUAACACCCGUUAGACGUUCUCGACGCAUUCAAGAGAACACUUGUAAACUGCCAGAUAUGUUAAAAGACCAUUAUCCUUGUGUGUCUUCCUUGGAAGAAUUAACAGUGUUGGAAGGUGAAACCGAUGCUUUUGUGUGCCGUCCCAAUGCAGCGCUGUGCCCGAUGUACUCAGAGCCUGGAACAGUAGAAGAGAAAUAAAGCGAUGAUAAGAAAUGGGGUUUUUAUUGUUCCUGGGUAUUCCGUUUGCUUGUUGUGGUAUUGUGUGUCUCUUACGAGCCAGUCAAGUACCGGAGUAUCGCUGGCAGGAAGCUCUCUUAGUGAUGUUUACAUGAUAGCAGAUAGUGCCUUCCGGGCAGCAGAAAGCUAAGCCUACCUUUUCGAUCUUCGCAGAGGGAGUUUCUAAGAUGGUAAAUUUGCCAAGUGGUUUACUACGUUCCUUGGAUACAAACAAGUGUCAUCAUAAUGUUGGCUUGUUCACUUCAAAUAGUCUUAAGUUAGAGGAGAUAAAUUUUUAGUCAUUAAAUAUAAGCACAGUAAUGCUGCAUCAUCGGAAAAGGUGUUCCAGAUAAAAUUUAUAUAUUUGCCUAGGCAUGUUUUGAAAUUUAUAGUAUACAUGCCAGCCUUUAAAGAGAAUGCUGACUUUUCAUUGCCUCUCCUUAACUCUAGAUCAGUACAAAAGUCAAUAAGUGUAAUGUGUAGAGUGAGUGCGUUCAAAUGUGAAGCCAUGGAAGGAGUUCUUGUUCUGCAGACUGCUGUGGUCUGUUGUGCUUUGGCUCCUUGCCAUUGCUUUCCACCAGUGCUGAGUGGGUCUGUGGUCUCUUUUGGCUUCUUUCCUUUUUACUGUAGCUGAGGUCACAAGGAAGGGUGACCCCAUGUCUAAGAGCAGAUACUUUGUAGUAAGAAAGACAAGGUGCCAAACUCAGUGGGUAUUGGAAACUUUCAAUCUGAGUUUCUUUCUUUAGUUCCUUUUGUAAUUUGACUAUCUAAAACGCUAAUAUUUUAACUUUUAUCAUUUCACUUGAUAUAGUUGUAGACUAUUAGAAUGGAAUUAGAGCAGGAAUAUAGAAUGUUACUCUAAUUUAGGUAGAAUUUCUAAAAUAACUAAUAGUUUCUUAUAAAAACUUUAUUGUUAAGUCAUGCCCCUUGAAACAUGAUAGUUCUAUACAAUAAACCAUUUCACUCCCUACACGUAAAUAUCACCAAUAAAAUUGUUUUGUAAGUCUCUGAACUAAUCCUUAGAUACAUCGUCUACCAAUUCUACAAUUUCAAAGAUAUGUUAGUUUUAAAACUGUGUAAUAUAAAUGUGCUUGAAAAUCACAGUCUUAUCUCACUCAUUCCAUUUGUAUAAUAGCACCUAUCUCUGUUCUCUUGUUUUAUGUUCUAGAUAGGAUUUUUAUUCUUUCAUAAACUGUGUACCUAAUAUUUAUAAAUAAAUAUAUCUGUAUUUCUC